GUGAAGCCUGAUGUGUGUAUCCAGGUAACAACAAGGUUACAGAGAGUGUGCUGCAGGCUGAAGCUUGUAACACAAGAACACACCCUCUCUGCACUUUUACCUGUCACAUUCUUUACAGACACAGACAGCAGAGACCACAUAAAGAGACCUCAGUAAAUCUGUGGAGAAAAUGAGACCAUGUCCUGGGCAGGGUUUUUGCAAAAAGCUUGGCAUGGACUCAGAUCAGUCCUCAGAAAUGGCAGAGAAAAAGGCAUUAUCUGUUGGUAAUGGACAGUCCACAGUGGCUCAGUCAGGACAGAGUAGUCUUCCAGCACCCUCUGCAGGCACCCACAGUGUACUGCAGGACGGACUGAGCUUCACUCCAUUGGACUCAAAUGAUGCCAGGGCUGUUCAGCCUUUCCCACGUUCUCCAAAACUACAGAAGAAGAUAGCCAAAGCUGGACAGCCCUCUCAGGAGCAGCUGUCCAGACGUAUGGAGGAGCUGCAGGCAGAGAGGUCCAAAACUGAGGCUCAUAUCCAGUCUCUGAAGAAACGCAGGGCAGAUCUCUCUAGGAGCACAGAGCUGAUGAAGCAACAGGUUCGAGAGCACUUCCAGAACAUGCGGUGUGUCCUGAAGCAGGACGAGCAGGCCGUCCAGGACUCUCUGGAGCUGGACCUGAGACAGACCAGGACCAAACUGGACUACGUUCUGAAGAACUGGGAACAGCACCAGGACCAGGUCACUAAGGGCAUCAAAAGCAUCCAGAGAGCACUGAGCAACAGCCCCGCAGCAGAGGAAGAUGGGAAGGGUCAGUCCGAGAAUCUGAGUCCUAAGAAGCCAGAUGCCUCUGAGAUGGAAAUUCGACUGAGUGAAGAGAGAUUUGAAAGACUCCUAAAAACAUUAUCGUCCAUCUCCAAACAACUGAAAGCUCAGCUGCAGAGGAAGACUCUACUGUUAGGAGUGUGCAACUCGCUGGGGCUCCAAACAAAAAAUGAUUCAGCGAAUCCUGGAGCAGGCACCAGCAAUCAGGCGUGUUUAAAGUAAUGACCGGCACGUCUGUGCCAAGCUAAGUUGGCAAGAUUUUGAUGUAUUGGAGUCGAUCAACAGAGCCCUCAAGCCAGUCAGUGAAUUUACUGACAUUCUUUAAGCAGAAAAUUAUGUCACCUCAUCAUCUGUUCUCCCAAUGCUGAAUCACAUCAAGGAGAUUUUGGUUGAGAAUAAGGAUGACACAAACCUCACCAAGAAUCAAAAAACUACCAUCGGGACGCAACUUGAGGAGAAAUAUGAUAACGAUUCCAUCCGAGAUUUGUUACACAUUGCCACAUUCAUGGAUCCACGUUACUGUGCGUCAAACUUUCCUGCAGAGGUGGAUAUCAGUAUCAGCGAAGUGGAGCGACAGGCAGUUUUUCUGGCGGCGCUUCACCAAGCUGCGGGAGAGGGUGCAGGGGAUGAGGGGGAGGGGGUGAAGCAGCCGCUCCACAACUUCUCAAAAAAAAGAAGAAGCUGAGUUUGGGAAGUCUCCUCGGAGUCAAGGCGCAAGGCCCUGUGAAAACCACAGAGGAGAGAGUUGCAGCGGAGGUGGAAAACUACAAACGUGAGGAAACAUGAUCCAUUGGAGUGGUGGAGAAUUCAUGAGACUCGCUUUCCCUUGCUCAGUAACGUAGCGCGCAAGUAUUUGUGUAUUUGCGCUACAAGCACUCCAUCAGAGAGUAUUUAGUGCAGCAGGUCAUGUUGUUACUCCUCAAAGGACUCUUCUAAAACCAGGAAAAGUGGACAUGCUGGUGUUCUUAGCCAGGAAUUUGUAUGUCCCUGACCCACACUGUCUAUCAUACAGAAGAAGAUGCCUAAUCUCAUGCAGGAUUAAAAUGCCAUGUAUAUUUGCAAAUGUUUGCACGUUGUGCAGUGAGUAUUAUUUUUCUAUAGCUAUUUGUUUAUUUAGGCCAUCUGGCCAUGUGUCUUUUUAUUUCAAUUUAAACAGCUUGUGGGUUGAAAGCUGUAAACCAAAGCACUUCUCAGAUAGGCCUACAUUUUUUAAUUUCGAUUGAUAUUUGAUGUUUACAGUUAAUUAAGCCUACAUUUCCAUAUUGUUUGCACUGUUUGAGUAGGCUAACUGUAUGCCUUUGUUUUUGUAUUUUAUUAUGUUAUUUAAUAUUUGAUAUACAAAAUGUUAAUAUUUUUGCACCGAGUUUCUGAAGUUGCACUAGACUGAACAAAGUCUGUUUUUUAUACAUGCCUUUUGCAGCAUUAUUUAUUUUAUUUCCUGAGGCCUUAUUAUAGGUUUUGCGUUAGACCAACGUCUAUUUUUAUUUAUACCUUUAGUAUUUUAUUUACAGAGGCCCAUGUUUACAGGGAUGACAUUUUGAUAUUUUUUUGCUCUUUGUAAAACGGUCUUUCAAGUUGUUUCAAGUAUUCGGUGUUCUGAAGAAGACAAGUGAAGCUGAAUGGUUGUUUUGUUUUGAUAAAUAAAAACACGAUUGUGUCAUUCAGUUGGUUGCCCUGUUGACUUCUUGUCCUUCUGCUUCUUCUUCUUAUUUAACCUUGUGUGUAUUGGCAGUUAACACAGCAUUACCGCCACCUAGUAGACUGGAGGCGCAUUACCGCUGUAAUGGGCUUUAAUCGGGAGAAAAAGCUCAAAUGCGACCCCUAGUGGUAAAAUUAGGUAUAUAAUUAGAUAUAUCGAUUCGGUUUGAUAUUUGGCUUUAAAUCAAAUUGUUUAUAAAAUUUUCAAACCAGCACAAACCUAACGUGUACAUCAUGUACAUCCCAUAGGCUUCUCUAACAUGCACCUAAUCACCUUAAUUGUAGUCUGAGUGGGCGGAAGUUUGCUGCAUAGAUCAGCCUCUCAUUGGGCGGAACGAGCCACCCGCUGAAGUCCCGCCCUACCACCUCCGGUUGCAGUUUUCAACACGUCCUUUACUAACUUUUGCUGUGUUUGAUCUUGCGGGGAUGUAGCCAUUUUUCUGCCAUGGUUCGCGUCCUGUAGGCGAUAUUUUUGUGGGCGUGUUACACCAAAACCUGUUCCCCCCGGCAAUAUUUUUGCAAGCGCACCGUUGCUGUGGCACCGCCCAGAACGAAUGUGAUUGGUUGAAAGAAAUACAAGCAGCCGGGGCGUUUUUUUCCUCCAAUCUUAAAGUGAGAGUCGGCCCAGCCAGGCCUUUCUUUUCUUGAGAAAGGUCUGGUGAGCGAGAUUACUUUGAUUGUACAUAGGUUUAGAGUAUCUUCUAGUGUCUUGUCUUUUAGUUAUACUGCUUGGUUUUAUCUUUAUUUUUACUUGUACAUAUUGUUUUUACUGUAUUAUCAUUAUUCCAAUUUAACUUUCUUUUAGAAAGUCAUUAUACUAGGUGAGAGGGAAACAGCAUUUUGAUUCUCUGUAUGUCCUGCACAUAUAGCAAUUGACAAUAAAAACCUUUUGAACUUUUGAACUUAACUCAUAACAUUAAAGUAAGGUUAAUAAUGUAACUUAGAUUACAAAAUCUUCAGUUUUACUCAAAUUAGUUGAUGCAAAAAUGAAUACACCCCACAACAAAAACUACUACAUCUAGUACAUCCAGCACUUGAAUAGGCUGUAGCACAACACAGCAGCAUGUCAAGUGCAAAGUCAAGCAAAAUAAAGACAUAAUUUUUUGGGAAAAAAAAUGUUCUCUUUACGCACAAAACACGUACCGAAACCGGACUGAAACCGUGGCCCAAAAACCGAGGUACGGACCGUACCUGGGCUACCUGUACCGUUGCACCCCUAGUAGUAGGGUUGGGUACCGAAACUCGGUACUUUUUGUACUUGGUACCGAUUCACGUCGGUACUACUGAGUACCGAUUCACUUAAAAUGAAACGGUGCCAAAUUUCGGUACCUGAGGUGGAGGCGGAGCGAGAGCUCAUGACUCGCACCUCAGACUCAGCAACAAUGACGACAAAAACAAUGUGUAGACAAAAGUUAACGUGCAGCACUGUUCCUAAAUGUUCUCAAUAAAAUGUUGAAACUGAGAAGUUUAGACUAUGGGCCCGAACGACGCAUAGUGCGUCCAAGUUCACACCCGUUCUUCUCUGUGGAUUUUCUCUGCGACUGUGCGUCAUAGCGAGGAGCCAUGCAUAUCAGCGGAAACAGCAGAAUUGUAGCUUUCCGACAAGGCCAAGCACUUGUCGGUAAUCCAAUGUCUUCACAGCGAAAAAUUACAAUAAAAUGAUGUAUAACAGAGCUUUCAUACAGCUUUGCACACACAUUACUCUUGGAUGGAUUACUCGCGAACGCAGGCUCGCACAGAAAUGCCACGCAUAUCACAUGAAAGCGCAGGACCACACACA